CACUACAGUACCCUUUUUCGGUGAGCGUGCAGCCUGCAGCGUGCGGCGUGCGCGUGCGAGCGAGAGAAAAAAAAAAGGAGGCGGCUUCCGUUGCAUGUGAGCGGAGCGGAGCGGAGGGGCGGAAGAGCAGAGCAGCGGAGCGCGGCGCGGGGCCAUGUCGAUCGCGCUGAAGAGCGGGCCCGGGCUAGCCGGCGGCGGGGGCGCCCGGUUCGGCCGCGCCGCCCGCUGCGGCGCCUACGCCUCGCCGCCGGCCUCGGGCGGGCGCGGCGGCUCGUCGGGGGGCCGGGACAGCGACAGCCCGGCGGCGGCGGCGCAGUGGGAGUGGGACGGCGAGGAGGUCGAGGGCGGCGACGGCGAGGUGCAGAGCAACUACAAGGGGCCCUUCGACACCAUGGACGCGCUCAACGAGGCCCUGCCCUUCAGGAAAGGGGUAUCCAAGUUCUACAAUGGCAAGUCCGGAUCUUUCACGAAGCCUCCAGUUGCUGUGAUCCCAUCUCCCCCACCGGUGAAGGGCCUUCCGAAGCCAGAAACCCCAUCCCCCAGGAAGCGCAAAGGUCUUCUCCCAUUCAGUUUCAAGUGGGGCAAAGCACAGAGCAAAGAGGUGUACCCUGAAGAUGAUGUAGCGGACAGCCCCACGACUUGCAGGAGGAUGACAUUGUCUCCGGCCGCCACAAGCAGCUCAGGGAGCAACAGCGGCAGCGACGAUGAAGCUCAGAAGCUGCCUUCCCGACGAUCGCACAGGAAGCCUGGCAACGCCGUGGGCGCCUAUGCUUCCCCGCCUGCUCCUCGUCCACCGAAGCUGCUGUUCCCGGCCCACACGAGAUCGCAGUCGAUGCUUGAGCUGCAGGACGUGUCGGAGUCGACCGCCAUGGUCUCCCCCAGGGACAAGCGCCGGAAGAACUAGCGAAGGCACCGGGCCACCUGGGCGUCGCUCUGUCAGUCCUCCUCCUCCAGCCACUGGCGUCCAUUUUAGACUGCGGAAUCCAGUGGGCGACGAAUGGUGCCCUGAUGCUUGCGGGCGGUGCGCGGGCGAUGAUGCUUUUUGGCGAGGUCAAAUGGACCCGAAUGUCGAUAGAGAUCUGGAAGCGUUCUCUUUCCUUCUUUCAAUAGCUGUUGCUGGACACAUACAAAUGAACAUCUGAGAAACUGGUGCUGAAUAGCAGUCCUCAGCGGGCUCUCAUGUAUUGCUUGCUGUCUUGAGCUGUAAAUGCUGGAUUGUGCUCUUGUGGACUGACUAUUACUAAUUCAAUCAUGUUGCCCUCACUCACUGUUGCCCUCU